AUCAGUCUUGUCGACAAGACCGCCCCCCGUCGUCCGUCGGACGAUGCGCUGGCGCAAUCGCACACCGCAACAACAGACCUCUCCCGGAAUAUCUCGAGGAAGUUCACCCGUGCAUCUAUACGGAGCGAGCUCGCCAAGCGCAAGUAUGCCAAAUGGCAGCCGGACCGUCUAGGACUUACCGACGAUGAGGACACCUCCGACCGCAGACUGUCCGAAGGGCGCGACCUGUUCACGACCGAGACGAGAACGGACACACUGGCAGGGGAGAGUCGCUUGACCGCGGGCCCCUCGUCGUCGCAGAGCUCUCCGGAGGACCAGCACAAUGUCGACUCGUCGGACGUCGACCAGCAGGCCGCCCGAGAUCACGAACAUGACGGCCAGAACCACCCCAAGCUGUCGGGGCUGAAGCCCGGCACCGAGCUGGAAAUCCUGUACGAGAAUCAACGGGGUUGGUUCUUCUUCGGCAUCCCCCUCUAUUCGCACAGCUCGCUGCUCAACUUUGACCCGGCGGCCUGGACGACGCCCGACGGUCGGGACAGCGCCGUCGACAUCACGAAAGCGCAGCUCCCGGACCCCAGCUGGGAGUGGGUCUGGAAGACCUGGUACGUGGACAUGUCCGGGGAUGUGGAUGAUCAGGGCUGGCAGUACUCGUUCUCGUUCGGCUCGUCGGCCUGGCAUGGGUCGCAUCCCUGGUAUCAUUCGUACGUACGCCGUCGCCGAUGGGUCCGACUCCGAGUGAAGCGCGUGUCGGAGCGCAGUCGUCGGGGCCGGUCGGGUCUGGAGGUGGCGCACAUGCUUAACGAGGAUUAUUUCACGAUCCACUCGGGUAAGGCGAAGACGAGGGCGUCGAGCACGGACGGACUGUCGCGGGCCACGUCCGGGUAUCUCAGUCGCGCGGCUACGAAGGUAGAGGAGGAGGUUCCAGUGGAGGAAAUCGCUAAUAUCCCGGCCUUGAUGCAUGCGUUGCGAGUGGCCAGAGUCGACCGGGAGAAGAUGGACGCUCUGGAGCAGUUUAUGCAGGAGGGUGAGGACGAGCUCUUUUAUUUGGAUGGAAAGAUCCCGGAGAUCAUGUCUAUGUUUGUCUUCCAGGCUUCUCGGUGGCAGUACUUCACCCGCUUAUCCGAUGUCGUCGAGGAGCUGUCUCAGAGUAGCUCUGAAGCAAGUGGGAAGGAGGCAGCGGAGCUCCAGCGCAAACGCGAUCACUUUCAGAAAGCUGCAGAUGUAGCCCGGCGUCAUCUCACGGGACCUGAAGUGCUGCAUUCCGAUGACCGGCACCUGGAGGCGGGGAUGCUGGACCUGACUCCAGCCCCAAAGAGAGGCAGUUUGUUGUCGAAGUACUCCGGCAAAGUCUCAUUCCGCCCUAUGGAUGACGGUGGUGAAAUCAAAGGAAUCCCCCAAGCAGCUGAAGUCGGGCGUGAGGGCCAUAUUUACCACUUGUACUUCUUUUCUUGUCCCUGCUACAGUUCCUUUGUUAGAAUGAAAGCGGAGUGCUGGCGGCGACGGGCACAAAACCUCGGGCCGUUCACUGACCGCCUUGGCCGGGAAAACAUUUCUAGGGUCGGUCCCUACGGGCUCUCGUCAAUGCUUUCACGCAGUCGGCCAUAUCUCACGAGGCGCAGAUUACCUGCUGUCCUGGACCACGUCGCGACUGCCCCCGAUGAGCCACUCCUCUUUCUUUACCCAUCCUGGUUUACGUCUCUGCCCGCGCAUCGGGGGUCGUCCUUGACAAGAAACCCCGCUCUUAGUUUAUCCAGACAAUACCAUCGCCCUAGCAAACGUGGACCCAGUGUCCCCCGACUCUCCCCGCAGUCCUCGACCGGAAAUUAUUCGUCUAGACAAAUAACCUCUUCUUCCAUUGCCGUCGGCAGACGUGGCCUAGACAAGGAAGCCACAAAGCCUGCAGCAAAGCCUCAAGCUUCACGGACGUCGCCCCUCCCUCAACCGACGUCCGACAACACUUCGAGAUGGACGCCACCGCGGGUAAGAAGUCUUGCUGCGCUGUCUUCGAUCUCGCCCCGCGAUAAAAAGAAACUACAACACCGACAAUCCGAACUCGACAACACGCGCAAGAACCAACAGAAAACGAUAGAGAGACGGUGGAAGGACCAGGCUGCGGUUUACGAGAGGAUGCUCAGGAUGAAUCGGGCAAUUCCGGCACAUGCCCCGUUGAAGUCCAACCAGCUGGAGCUAUAUCUAAGGGAGGAGACGAUCGCCGAAUUCGCCGGCUUGGUGUCGAGGGGCGAGAACAUCUUUUAUCGCCAUGUGUAUCACGGAUGCAAGGUGCAUGUUAAGCCGCUGUCGGAGAGCGUCGGGAUGUGUCGCCGGGUGAUCUUGGAGGGUCGACCGGCGGCCGUGGAGGAGGUCAAGAAAGAACUGCUGGAGAUCGGGACCCUGCAAGAUGAAUAUGAUCCGGUCGUCGACAUGCGUAAACCGGUGGUUCCCAUCUACCCUCGGGUUGACCGACGGAUACACAAAGACAUACCCUUGGUUCGCGGCACGUGGGAUAUGCCUAAGGAUCCCACGGAGUUCACUGUGGAUCAGAUUGUCCGCCAGGGAGAGCUCCUAGCUACUGUGAGGGACUUUACGCACCAUGUGGAGGAUCUCAUCACGUCUUGGCCCAACUCCAGGGAGCAGCCGGGUAAGCACGGUGCGGAUGUGGCCGAUGCUCUUGAGACGCUAUUCCUGAAAAGCGCCCACACAGAAUUGAUAUCAACAGCGUCGUUGAAUCAAGCCCUGUCGUUCUUGCUAGAGCGCAAGCAGUAUUGGAUCGCCCACCAGAUUUUCCACUCUGCAAAACAUGUUGCAACCGUGGAAACCUUCAACAUGAUGCUCAAGUCGACGGCCCUCGAGCAGAACCUGAAGCGGUUCAGGAACCUUUUGCAUGGUAUGGAAAAUCUGGGCAUCCGCGCAGAUGUCGAGACCUGGCUUGCUUUUGCUGACUGCUUUGUUUCUCCAACCAAGAAGAUGGCAGUAGUGAACAGUCUACGGCAGCGAGGGAUGCUGCAGAAGACCACGCUACAGCGGACAGCGUUGCGCGCGGUUUUACACGACCUUCUGGUAGAGCAUCUCCAUGACGGCGGCGACAUGAACUCUUUUCUGGAAAAGAUAGCCCGGGACUGGGACAGCACGAUGUGGAGCCCGAGUAUGGUCAACCAGAUGAUGUGCGCCGUCAUGCGAGUGAAUCAUCUGAAAGCGAGAGAUCAACUGUUCCAAUUCUGCAGGCAGAAUGGCUUACGUAUCGAGCCCUACACUUUUUAUCUUCUCGUGGGCACAUGCAACAAGGGCAACAUCCUUCAGGCCCUGCAAUACAUGUACCAGACCAUGGAGGAUCCCGCGCGAGAACUCAACGUCACCGGCUGGACGCGACUCUUCCUACACGCAUGGCACGGCGGAUACUACAACAUUUGCCGUGUCUUAUGGCGGUAUGCCUGCAUGAGAGGGCAUGCGGCUUCACGCAUUGCCGAGCGGGUCUAUGAAUCCCUGCUGCACGAAGCUGGCCCGGACACAACCUUCCGCAGGGCCGUCGCGGCGCGGCUCAUCCUCGGAAUUGACCUGGGGACGCCCCGACCGACCUCGGGCGGAAGGUUUUAUAGGCUAAAGGGGUUGCCGGCUGAAUAUGCCGCAGACCCGGUGAAAUAUCUGUGCAUCCAGGUUGAUCCUACGGAGCGGAACAACCAGCUGAACGUCAGCGAGGCGAUCCUUGCUCGCGAUAUGGAUGUGGGGCGAUUUUACAAACCUCAAGUAUCACUUCGGGCGAUGCUCGACGCUGCGACUAUCGUGGAUCUGGAAUGGAAGGAACUGGCUCGC